AAGACGGCUUUACUGGUGCGCAUCUCGUGCGCAAGUUUUCCCAACACCCCUCGGGCUAUAAACUGAAAUCUACAACUUUGAGCACGAGAGCAGCGACGCGUCUGGAGAGAGGACGUUGGAGAGAGAGAGAGAGAGAGAGAGAGAGAGAGCGUGGUACUUGUUGUCCAUCUGCCGCACCCCGCCGACCAAUGUGGCUCCUCGGAUCAGCCUCCCAGGUCGUGGUGAUGGAUGAGCGCCUGUCUCCCAGCGCACGCGCGCUCCAGUGCGCGGGGAACCACCCGUCCACGGUCCACAGCAUCGAGGCCAUACUGGGAUUUAAAGAGGACACGAUCUUCCACAAGUCGGCCUCCUGCAGCCUGGCGGAAAAAGUUCUGGUCCAGGAUGCUGAGCGCAACGGGAAUGGAAUUGUGACUCCGGGGAAGAAGAGUCACUACUCGGACAGUUUUGACAGUGUGUGUUGCGCCAGCGGCGCCGCCGAAGCCGCGGUGUGUCCGGACUCGCCGGACGGGGACGACGGCAAACUGUCCGACGACGAGAACCCCAAGAAGAAGCACCGGCGGAACCGGACCACGUUCACCACCUUCCAGCUCCACGAGCUGGAGAGGGCUUUCGAGAAGUCCCACUAUCCGGACGUGUACAGCCGCGAGGAGCUGGCGAUGAAGGUCAACCUGCCGGAGGUCCGGGUGCAGGUGUGGUUCCAAAACCGACGGGCCAAGUGGCGCCGGCAGGAGAAGCUGGAGGUGAGCUCCAUCAACCUCCAGGACACCUCCGCCUCGCUGCUCUCCCUGAGCCGCUCCCCCACCGGCUCCCUGGGCUCCGGUCUGCAGCUGGACCCCUGGCUCUCCACGCCCAUCACCACCUCCACCUCCCUGCAGUCCCUCCCGGGAUUCCUCAGCGGCUCGCAGGGCCUCCCGGCCACGUACACCCCUUCUCCUCCCCCUUCCAUGCCCUCUUCCUUGCCGGCCUCCUUCCUCAACUGCCCGGCCCUGGGACACGGCCCUCACCUGCCCCACAUCGGCUCUAUGUGCCCCCCGCCCCCGGCAUACCAGUGCUCUGCUGAUCCGAGAAACUCCAGUAUUGCCUCACUGAGGAUGAAGGCUAAGGAACACAUUCAGUCUAUUGGGAAAACGUGGUGAUGCCGAGUGGAGGUCAGACAUGAACACCUGCUGCUUCUUUUCACAAACACGGACUUCGUCCUCCUGGUGACGGGGUUGCACUUGGUUUUGGGAGUUUUAAAAAGUAAGACGUGCAGUUAACAUCUAGGGUUUCAAGACAUCCUUGUCAGUUGAACAUGACCCUCUUGAGAGGUUUGACACAAACUGUGAAAGGACUGUAAAAAAUAUGGAACUGCUGAUUAGACAGAGUUUUCUGUUGCUUUUCUUCUCCUUCAUCUUCUCUGCUUUUUACUGUAAAGUUUUGAUUGUUCAUUCAGACCAGUCUCAUUCCUACCCUGUGUUAUGUCAUCAAUAUAACAAAUACACAUCCCGUAUCUACCCAUGUGUAAGUAUUUAUUCUGUUGUUGUAAAUGGAGCACUCCUCAUUGUCUCCUGCUGGCUUGUUGUUGUUGUUGUUUUUUUACCUGACAGGUUUAUUCGAUGUGAACCACUUUCU